UUCGCCGCUUCCAGUGAUUCAGAUGGGAACUAUUUAGACGGGGCUAUUAAUGGAGCGGUUGUUGGCCAACUGGUGGAGCUGGGUGGAGAAAGGUUUGUCCUUUAAACAAUUACCCUGGUAUGUAAGCACAUUCACAGUUCCAUGUAUGGAAUGCAAGAAAAGCAAGAAAACAUAACCUUGAUUAAACUAAUAUUCCAGUAAGACCAGUCUGACCAGCCUGUCACGUUCACGAACACGUUUGCAGUGUAACCGUGUGUCGGACAAAUUGGUUCGCUGCUCUGGGAUCCGGCAUGUUUGUGUCUGUGCUGCUCCAAUGCCUCAGCUGACGGUCGCCUGCCCCCAAGGUCAGGGUCCAGGUCAGCGGGGAGGCGGCGCCGGGGCCUGUAGAUGGAUGGAGGCAGUGGGAGAGGACGGGGACGAAGCUCCUGUCAAGAGGAGCCCAGAGCUACAGCGCUCCAGUCAGACCCCAGCUGAUGUUCAGCCCCACCGCCUCCUCCGGCCGCCGGCUCCCUGGAGGCGCUGGCACAGCGUGGCUCCAGCCUGCGUGCUGUGGUCCGUGUGCCGGUCCGAUGCGCCGCUCAGCCCGUCCUCCUUCGCGCUGGACGUGUGCGUGAGGCUCCUGCUGGUGUGUUUGCUCUGGAUGGUUGCGGGAGGCUUCGCCCUGGCCCUGAAGCACGGACUGAAGCCGGGACAGAACCAGUUCAGGGGAGAGCGUCCACGGAGCAGCAAACAGGAGGUCGCAGCUGAAAACAGGCCCAGCCAGUGUUCACAGGGGUCCUCAGAACAGCCCCCUCCUCUGGCCGUCACCGUGGCCGACUGCCUGCUCCUGUGUGUGCUGCAGGAGCCGCUGCCAGAGCCCAGCGUGGCCCACAUUCAGGCUCUGCUCUGCAGGCUGGAGUCAGUGUCACACGCACUUGCGAAGGCUGCUACUGGACCGGAAGCGGCACCGGACGGGCCGGACCGAGACUCGGCGCUGGAGCACAAAGUGCAGGCCGUCGUCCGGUACCUGGAGCAGAGGACGGCCUCGCUGCGUGCUCUCAUCCGGGAGCAGAGGGACUUGGAGGCCGGCGUGAAGGGCAUGCUGGGGGGCCUGGGGGGCCUCUGGACCCAGCUGGAGGAGCUCCACACCGGGGUCACGUUAACCAAAGAGGCGGGUCGAGGCUACAGAGACCUGGCCUCGGCUCAGACGGAUGCGAAGACUCUGUUCUCAGUCUCAGCUCACUACAGGAACCGGCUUGAGUCGUGCCAGGCUAAUCUGAAGGCCUGCACCGAACGUCUGCAGGAAUUAAUGUGGAGUCACGCUCACACAAGCAGCAGUGUGAGCAGCAGCGGCGAGUCCCGGUGGCCAGAACUGUUGCUUCAGUCCAACAUUGAGCAGUUUGACAAGGUGCAGGAGAGCUUCCUGUCCCUGCAGCAGCAGACGCGGACGUUCCAGGCCCACCUGGAGGGCCUCGGACCGGGGAGUCAGGAGGCUCAGGAGGCUCAGGAGGCUCAGGCUGCCGAGGCCCGCUCUGCCACCGCCCCGUGUUCCUCCCGGCCCCCGCAUCAGCGCACGUGCGCCUCAGUGGACGCAGAGGCAGAGACGCUGUCGUUCUGUGAGCGGUCGGCUCUGCAGUUGUCCUCCACUAUCAAACACCUGCGCAAACCUGGCAAGAGGAAGUGAUGUGUCUGUGUGUGAUACACUGCUUUCAAAUGUAGAUCAUUUUCUGGUUACUGGCACCAAAUGUCAAUUUUUUAUUUAGUUUUUACCAAACGUUUCUUUGUAUUUGUCAUUUCACAGAAGGAUAUAUGAGCAUUUACACCACUAGGGGGCACCAUCACCACUUCUUACAAACACACAACUAGGUCUCAGAUCCGUCUGCAUUGACCGACCGUGACUCACAUACAUAAACGUGUUUCUAAGCAGAUCGUUAGAUUAAACUCAACCUGCGCGACCUCAUGGUGUCUGAUCAGGCGAUAGUGAUGCAUUUUUCAUUUUAUUAUUGUGCUCCAGGCUUUUGACCAAUAAAAACAUUAAAUAUUUUUAUAUAAGCUGCGU